ACUCCCCCCAAUUCUCACAACCACUCAAAUCUCAAUACCUCAAUUCUUCGCUUUAACGAAAAAGGACACAUUUUCCCUUACAAUGGCACGAACCAAACAAACUGCGCGCAAGUCCACCGGAGGCAAGGCACCUCGGAAGCAGCUCGCCACAAAAGCCGCCAGAAAGUCAGCUCCGGCGACCGGCGGAGUGAAGAAGCCGCAUCGGUUCCGCCCUGGCACGGUGGCGCUGAGGGAGAUCCGGAAGUACCAGAAGAGCACGGAGCUCCUGAUCCGGAAGCUCCCCUUCCAGCGCCUGGUGCGCGAGAUCGCGCAGGAUUUCAAGACCGAUUUACGGUUUCAGAGUAGCGCUGUUUCCGCGCUUCAGGAAGCGGCGGAGGCUUACUUGGUAGGGUUGUUUGAGGACACUAAUCUCUGUGCCAUUCACGCCAAGCGCGUCACCAUCAUGCCGAAGGAUAUUCAGCUUGCGCGGAGAAUUAGAGGCGAGAGGGCUUGAGGAUUUUUUAAUGAUUUGUCACUGCUAGGAUACGUUAAAACUGGAUCUGGUUUAUGUAGUUUGUGGUUUUGGUGUAUUUAUUCGACCGUAAGGGUUGGGGUUGUUAGUAUGAAGAUGUAGAGUUAACAUUAUCUGGCUAAUUAGUUGGUUAAUGUUUACUUUGAAUUUGCUGUUUGUGUGAAUGAAUUAAAAGGGUUGAUUGCAAUGGAUUUUGGUUAUUUUUAACCCUUUUUACA